AUCGAUAGUUUGUAAAGGGCGUGUACAGCGAUAGUCACAAACGCUAACGAAAUGGGGUUGUCGAAUCGCAACACAAAGGUCGCCCUAGGCAUAUCGGUCUUUUCGUUUUUACUCUUUCUAAUUGCCUUCGCAACGCCCUACUGGCUGGUGACUGAUGGACGCCUGCAGAACCCCAAAUUCACAAACCUGGGACUGUGGACAGUGUGCUUCAAUAACUUCCAGGAUAUCCAUCGUUUCUAUGACAUCCGAUUUACUGGUUGCAUGUGGGUUUUCGAGGAGGAGUACUACAUUAUACAUGAUUUCCUGCUGCCAGGAUUUUAUAUAGCUGUGCAAUUGUUUGCUACCUUGUGUUUUGUCAUGUGCCUCAUUGCACUGCCCUUUACGCUGGCCUUUUUGCGCACUUCACGAGACGAUGAUCGCUAUGUUUUUCUGCUGCUCACCAUUGGCACCUGUCAAGUCCUGGCGUCAAUAUUUGGAUUUAUUGCAGUGGUCAUCUUUGGUGCCAAAGGGGACUCGCGAGACUGGAUGCCAGGUUGGCAGACCAAUGACAUGGGUUGGUCCUUUGCUUUCGGCGUCGUUGGUGCCGUCAUGUUGUUGCCCGCUGGCAUUCUAUACAUGGUGGAGGCGCGCCGAGAAAGAUACAAGCGACUGAACGAGAUCAGCAACAGGGAGGUGAGCGAGUAUGGCGAUGACUAUUAUCAGCAUCAGGCCGCAGUGGCUGCUGCUGCAUCUGCAGGCCCGUCGCCAUCGGCACCCUCUCCUCCACCUCAAUCAUACUUUGCUCCUGAACCAAGCCGCCCCCGUCGUCCUCAGCCAGGUCGCCCUGCUCCUCAACCACAAGGCAUCCAAACAGAUAUUUAAAAAUAUUAUUGUUACAUCCCGUCCAUUUUACAUUCAGUUGAUUUAGAUUAAGCUUGAAACUUGUCUCGAAUAUUGAUGACGAACGAACUAAAAUAUCCACAUGACAUAUCGAAUCUGCAAGUGCACUUAGUUUUAGACUAUAAUCUCCGUCCAUUCCCGAAUCUAAUAAUUAAAUAGACUAUGUAUUCCAUUUUUUAUACACA